CUGGGAUUGGUGAGAGAGAUCGCUUCAAUGGAAGAAUCUGUUCAUCAAUCGAUUCGCUUUGGCUCAGUUGCGGAUUUGAUUAUGACGAAGAAUCGACGCGUAGGGUUUCUUCUACUUGGAUCAACGACAUUGUUAUGGUUCCUAUUCGAGAAAUGUGGAUACAGUUUCUUCCCUUUUGUUGUUAAUACUCAGCUUCUUCUCGUUGUUAUACUCUUCCUCUGGGCCAAAUCUGCUAUUCUCUUUAAUAGACCUAUGCCUCAACUACCUAAUCUUGAAAUCUCUGAGGCAUCUGUGUUUAUGGUGGCUGAUACUCUGCGAGUUUGGAUUAAUACCGCGCUCGCAGUUGCUCGUGAGAUUUACGUUGGAAGAAAUGCAAAGCAACUCUUUCGGGUGAGUGUUGUGUUGUGGACAGUAUCGUUUGUUGGAAAUUUCUUGAACUUCCUCACAAUACUCUAUCUUGGUGUUGUUCUCAGUCUGUUGAUCCCUAUUCUGUACGAGAGAUACCAGGAUCACAUUGACGAAAAGCUAUCUUUAACACAUCGAGUUAUUCAGACACAAUACAGGAAGAUCGACGAAAGAUUACUACAGAAGAUUAUUGCUAAGCCCACAAAUAAGAUAAAGAAGAUGCAAUAGGCAAGCAUACUCACUUUUUUUAACCAUUUUAUCUGUUAGGUCUUUGAUACAUUGUUCAAUUUCAACAUACCAGUGUUCCUUUGAUAAGGUGUUCUUGUUAAGCCUAGUGCUAUCAUAAUAUGCUUAACUAGCCUAGGGUUGGUGCAGGAAUAGCUUCGCCAGCUCAACAACAGAGCUUACAUUAGUUGAGAGCUGAAACUAUAAAGGAGAGUUAAUCAA